AGCAUAUUCGAGCGUAUUACACGAGGAAAUGAAGAGGAACUUCAAAAAUUGCACGAACUUUCGAUUCGCAAGCACAGCAAUGAAACUCAGCCUCCAGUAUCUAGCCGGCUACUUGUUGCACAGCCAAGUGAACGGAACUUCAAAAAAUUGAAUCACAAGUUCAAGAAAUUUCUCUUCGACGGCGAUAUCAUCAUCAGCCAUUCCCUUCUCCGUGAAAUUGUGAAGGAAUCCGAGCAGGAGUACGAGCGUUCCCGAAUACGGCGAUGGGCCUAUCGUGAUUUCUUCUACCCGGAAACAAUAUGGCAAACUGGUGUACCGUACGAGUUCGAUGAGGAUCUCCCUGAUGUAGCAGUAGCGAGCCUUCUGGAAGCGAUGGAGUUCUGGCAGAGCAACACCUGUGUGACGUUUCGACCUCGAACCAAUGAAACCCAAUACGUUCUCUUCACCGGCGCAUUGGACAUGUGUUCAUCCACAGUAGGAAGGGAUCUAAGACAAGGACAACAACCUGUUUACAUAGGAACAGGAUGUUAUGCGUUUGGAGUGACCACCCAUGAAGUUGGUCAUGUUCUCGGUCUAUUCCAUCAUCAGCAGCGUUACGAUAGAAACGAAUAUGUGGCAUUUGUGCAAGCCAAUGUGCCUGAGUCGGAUUGGGGAGAUUUCGAGACGUGUAUUGCGGAUAUUCAGAUAUCUUCGACUUUCCUGGACACCUAUGGUCUUCCUUAUGAUGUUGGAAGUGUGAUGCACUAUGCUCCGACAGAGUUUGCACGGAAUGCUGCUUUCCCUUCUCUACUAGCCCUGAACGAAGAGCUUCAAGGGACUAUGGGUAAUAUGGAGGGACCAUCCUUCCUGGAUGUGGAAAUCAUCAACAGACAUUACCAGUGUUCUGCAAUUUGUAAUCGCUCCAAUGUUGAGGCGCCCAGAUGUCUUAACGGAGGUUAUACGGAUCCACUGAACUGUACUAUAUGCAAAUGCCCUUCCGGUUUUGGUGGCAACCUCUGCCAAGAGGUCGCCUCGUCGGCUCCGCUGAAUUGUGGCCGAGUACUUUCGGCUACUUCGAGGUUGACACGGCUCAGAGUACGGAUGACCAUCGGACCUGUCAGACGGCAAUGUGUCUACCAUAUUCGAGUACUGACUGUCUUCGAGUAG